AUGAUGCCCCAAACAAGGUCGCAGUAUGCGGCUGAAGAGAAAGCCUCCAAACAACAAGUAGAUACGGGUGAGCAAGAACAAGAAUUUAGCGGCUCGAAUAUUGAAAGUACAGAAGUUAAAUCUGAAGAAAUAUUUGCGAUGUUGCUUGAGCAGAAAGAAAUCAUGAAAACCCAGCACUUCAUGCAGCGAAAACAUAUUGAGGAAAUGAACGAAUGGCGGCGAAAUCAAGCAGCAGUAAUGGAAAAUAUAAGGCGCGAAUUUGCUAAUGAAAUCAAGCAAUUAAAUCUCAAGUUUGCCCAGCUUGAAAACAACGUUGACCGAAAAAUCGAAUUGAUACACUUGGAGGUACUUGAAUAUUGUAAAGCUAAAGAAGAGCAAUCUCUUGAAACAUACACAAGCCCUUUGGCAUCGGCGCUUGAAGAUUUAAAACGUGAAAUGAAAGAGGAAUUUAGUAAUGAAAUAUGUAAACGAGUUGACAGCAGAAUUAUUGGCGUGGAACGGUCAUCAACACCUCGGGUGGGCGGUCGAACCAAGGUGAAAUUGCCAGACUAUAUGGACGGUGAAGAUUCCAGGGUACCUGAUACACGUAAGUCGGAAACUCAAGCAUCAGUCCUGAAGAGAGAAACUUCCACACUUCGAGACGUUGGCAGACCAACUCAAAAGCCGACAACAUUCGAUGGGAAAACCUCUUGGGAUGCUUACAAAACGUAGUUCGAGAUUGUAUCCGAAAUUAAUGGAUGGGAAAGUCAAGAAAAAGCCGCUUUCCUCGCAGGCAGCUUACAGGGGCAAGCACUCAGUGUGUUGAAUUGUUUAUCAGAUUCCAGUCGGCGAAAUUAUAAUGCUUUGGUUCAAGUGUUAGACAGUCGUUAUGGAACACUGUGUCAGUCUGAAUUGAAUCGAGCAACGCUGAGAAAUCGCAUUCGUCGUCGUCAUGAGAGUUUACCAGAACUCGCAGGAGACAUCGAAAGGCUAGUUCGACUAGCCUAUCCGAGUGGCACCCCGGAGAUGCUCGAAGCCUUGUCUAAAAACCAGUUUGUUGAUGCAGUGCAUGAUGACGACAUCCGCUUGCGAAUAGCUCAGAGUCGACCCACCACCCUCCGUCAAGCAUUCGAGAUUGUCCUUGAAUUGGAGUCAUUUGUUCUAGCAAAUAAACGUCGAUCGCGAUAUGUGCGUGAAGUUCGAAUAGACGAGCUUCGAUAUGGUUCAAAUAGUCAAGUUGGCCCGUGGAAUGGUGUGCUAGACCAGCUUAAAGCAUUAACACAGGAAAUGCGAAAUUUCACUGGUGAAUAUGUACAGCACUGCGGAAGAGGUGCACGAACUCCAGUGUCGCCCUCAAGAAAAUGUUGGACAUGUCGUGGAGAUCACCUUCAGAGAAAUUGUCCUGAUUACGUAACGGAAAGGAGAAAUAGUCGUCGAAACGGGAAUGACGACGUUUGGAAUUCUAGGAGUCACUCUGACGAGAGAGAUCAGAAUCAACGUGGUCGCAGUCCGGAGAAUCGGGGUGAGAGGAACAAUCCGUUUGCAAGCGAUGGACGUGAUCAAAACACAAGUAAUCUGCUGGGAAACGGGCGUUAG